AUAGAGUGAGUUUUUCAAUAGAUUUUACGUACAACUUGAGUGAAUUGUCUAUAAUUGGUUUAAUUAAGAAAUAAGCAAGCAAACAGAUAUGGGUUCUCUUAUGGCAGGUUGGGAUUCUCCUGUUUCUGAUCCUCAAGCUAUGAAAUAUCGGAAAAAUAAGUCAUUAACAAAGGAAGAGAUUGAAGCAUAUUGGAGAUCCAAGAAACAAAUAGAAGAAGAGCAUCAGAGAUAUAUUUCUAUGCUAUCCCCUCAAAGCCUAAAACAGGCAAAUAUUAUAUUUGAGGAGGCAGCUAAAAUGGAGCAGGAAAGAUCAAACUCAGGGGAGUUUAUUGAUCUGGAAAGUGAAGAUAGUUUGGAUAAACUAAUCAAGAAAAAUGGAUGGUGGAUAAGUAGCAACUCGGCCCAUUUGAAUGAGCCACCGACGAGGACACCAGGAGGUGCAGCUUACAAAUACGUGGCACAAUUCCACGUUGCCAACAUGGCUACUGGAUCUGACAAUAAACCGGCCCAAACCGGAAUCAACGCUUGAACGUUUGGCUUUACACCGCUACUAUUUUUAAGGUGUUGGAGCUUGUUGUUUUAAAACAUACAACUUUUGUGUCGGUGUAACAUAUAUCGCGUGCUAUAUACAAAGUUUAAUUGUGCUUUUGCAUCUUAUACUCAGUUUUGGGAUCACAAUUGAAUUUAUACUCA